GCGGGCCUGACUUUUCCAGCCAGAAUGGCCGAGUGCUAGUGCCCGCCUCCAAUGUGACCCAAUCAGAAAGAGGGAAAGGCUGGGAACUAAGUAGCGAUUGGUUGGAUCCUGGGCCAAUCGGAAGAGUCCUGAUUUGGCGGGAGUGUUGACCGCCGCAGCAGCUCUUGGAAUCUCUGCCCUAGCUCUCGGGGUCCGGCCGCCGUGGCCAUGUUCGUGUCCGAUUUCCGCAAGGAGUUCUACGAGGUGGUCCAGAGCCAGAGGGUUCUUCUCUUCGUGGCCUCGGACGUGGACGCUCUGUGCGCUUGCAAGAUCCUUCAGGCCCUGUUCCAGUGCGAUCACGUGCAGUAUACCCUGGUUCCAGUUUCUGGGUGGCAAGAACUUGAAACUGCAUUUCUUGAGCAUAAAGAACAGUUCCGUUAUUUUAUCCUCAUAAACUGCGGAGCUAACGUAGACCUAUUGGAUAUCCUUCAGCCUGAUGAAGAUGCCAUAUUUUUUGUGUGUGACACCCACAGGCCAGUCAAUGUCGUGAAUGUAUACAAUGAUGCCCAGAUCAAACUACUCAUUAAACAAGAUGAUGACCUUGAAGUUCCUGCCUAUGAUGAUAUCUUCAGAGAUGAAGAAGAGGAUGAAGAGCAUUCAGGAAGUGAAAGUGACAAUGGGUCAGAGCCUUCUGAGAAGCGCACACGGUUGGAAGAGGAGAUAGUGGCACAAACCAUGAAGAGGAGGCAGCGAAGAGAGUGGGAGGCCCGGAGAAGAGACAUCCUCUUUGACUAUGAACAGUAUGAAUAUCACGGGACGUCGUCAGCCAUGGUGAUGUUCGACUUGGCGUGGAUGAUGUCCAAGGACUUGAAUGAUAUGCUGUGGUGGGCCAUCGUUGGACUAACAGACCAGUGGGUACAAGACAAGAUCACCCAGAUGAAGUACGUGACCGACGUCGGCGUCCUGCAGCGCCACGUGUCCCGGCACAACCACCGGAAUGAGGACGAGGAGAACGCCCUCUCUGUGGACUGUACGCGGAUCUCCUUCGAGUAUGACCUCCCCUUGAAACAGGUGAAGCAGAAGUUCCAGUCCAUGGACAUCUCCUUGAAGGAGAAUUUGCGGGAGAUGAUCGAAGAGUCUGCAAAUAAAUUUGGGAUGAAGGACAUGCGUGUGCAGACUUUCAGCAUUCACUUUGGGUUCAAGCAUAAGUUCCUGGCCAGCGAUGUGGUCUUUGCCACCAUGUCGCUGAUGGAGAGUCCCGAGAAGGACGGCUCAGGGACCGAUAACUUCAUCCAGGCUCUGGACAGUCUCUCCAGGAGUAACCUGGACAAGCUCUACCAUGGCCUGGAACUCGCUAAGAAGCAGCUGCGAGCCACACAGCAGACCAUUGCCAGCUGCCUCUGCACCAACCUUGUUAUCUCCCAGGGGCCCUUCCUCUACUGCUCCCUCAUGGAGGGCACUCCGGACAUUGUGCUAUUUUCCAAACCAGCGUCCCUGAGCCUGCUCAGCAGACACCUGCUCAAGUCCUUCGUGUUUUCGACAAAGAACCGGCGCUGCAAGCUGUUGCCCUUGGUGAUGGCUGCACCCCUGAGUGUGGAGCAGGGUACCGUGACUGUGGUGGGCAUCCCCCCAGAGACCGACAGCUCGGACAGAAAGAACUUUUUUGGGCGGGCGUUUGAGAAGGCCGCAGAGGGCACCAACUCCCGAACGUUACACAACCAUUUCGACCUCUCAGUAAUUGAACUGAAAGCAGAGGAUCGGAGCAAGUUUCUGGAUGCACUUGUUUCCCUCCUGUCCUGAGGAGUUUGAUCUCUGCAGACAUGACCUCCUCCUUAUUUAUAUUAACUGGGUUUUAUUUAGACUGUAAGUUGUGGACAUAGUUUUAGAUGCAGGGACAGUUGGUUUUUAAUGGAAUAAAAUGUUCGUUUUAGUUUUGGUGCCUCAGUCUUGGCUGUGGUCAUAGGGCCAACACUUGUUUUUGUCCUGAGGUUUCUGUGGGUGCAGAGGAGCCUUUUCCUGUGCCCUGGGCGACCUUGAGGCCCAGCAGUAAAUAAGCAUGGGGCGCGGCCUCCAGGCUCCUGGGAGAGCAGUGGGUGGAGGCCGG